CCAGCGCUGACAGAGAUCUGAUCCUCUCUGGGAGGAGAUGAGGGGCUCAGGGAUGUCCAGACUCCUCUGCCAGCUGCUGAUCAGCCACCCUCAGUGUGCCAGACUGACCAAUCAUAGCGCCUGCAGGAGAGGCUUGUCUACUACAUCCGAGCUCCUGUCCAGCUACGACGUCCGGAGGGUGGAGAUAACGUCACCGGAACAGAGGAGGUUGACCUUUGACACGCACGCUCUGGUGCGUGAACUGGAGACACAUGGAUUUGACAAAGCCCAAUCAGAAACCAUUGUGUCCGCGCUGGCCUCCCUGACAAACGCCAGUCUGGACACCGUGUACCGCGAGAUGGUGACCCGGGCUCAGCAGGAAAUUACCAUCCAGCAGGUCAUGGCACACUUGGACUCCUUACGGAAAGACAUGGUGAUUCUGGAGAAAAGUGAAUUUGCCACCCUCCGGGCUGAAAACGAGAAAAUGAAGAUUGAGCUGGAACAUGUCAAGCAGCACCUCUUGAACGAAACAAACCACAUCCGGGCCGACACCAAACUGGACAUAAAUCUGGAGCGAAGCCGCCUGACGGACUUGUUCACAGAUCAGGAGAAGAAGCUGAUGGAAGCCAGCACAGAAUUCCAUAAAAAGAGUGCGACCACCGACAGCGUCAUCACAGAGAUCCACAAGAAGAUCGAUAUAGACAUCGCUUCCCUAAAAACCCUCAUGGAGUCCCAUAAGCUGGACACCGUCCGCUAUUUAGCCGCCUCAGUAUUUACUUGCCUCGCCAUCGCUCUGGGAUUUUACCGACUGUGGAAAUAGUGGAGCGGAGACAUCUAAGUGAAGCUGUCACUUUGCAUUAGACAUGUUCCUGGGAAGGGCA